CGGGGCGGGCGGCUCCCGAGACCUCGGCCGGCCCUGGGGCCCUCCACGCCAGACCUGGCUCGGGGUGGGAGGACAGGGGCAACCAAAAAGGAACCCAGAACUCGCCGCACGGCCCAGGGCGCUGUCAGACAGGGCAGCACCCGGGAGAUCCCGGGGCGACCACGCCUGCAGGAAGCCCUUCUGCGGACGGAAAGAUCAUUCCCACUGCUGUGAAAGGUGAUGAGACUGUUGCCAACCCUCUGUUUUGAGGUUUUGGCCUCCUGAAGUAUCUAAGUCAAAAGAGGACUUUCAAAAGAAAACAGACUGGGCGGUUAUCAGGAUCUGAAUGCACAGGGCCGGUGUUCAGCAAACAUUUACUACGUUGAACGUGACCUCCAGGAAAGCAGUUCUGGCCCAGAUCCCCUGACUACACAGAGGAAGAAUUAACGUGGAAGGAGGCUUUCCAAGCAGGCCAUUGUGCUGCUGUGUGUGGAGGUGCUGUCGGUGGCAUGCCCAAACCCAAAGCUGGAAGAGGAAUAAAUUACAAGUGGUCAAGGUUGCAUCCUUUGGAACCCAGGACCUGCUAGUGAGCCAAGGGGGCUCUCUGUGCGAAUCUAGCCAAGCACCAUGGAGAGAAUCAGCGCCUUCUUCAGCUCUAUGUGGGACACCAUCUUGGCCAAACACCAAGAAGGCAUCUACAACACCAUCUGCCUGGGAGUCCUCCUGGGCCUGCCACUAUUGGUGAUCAUCACACUCCUUUUCAUCUGUUGCCAUUGGUGCUGUAGCCGAACAGGCAAGAGGGGCCAGGAGCCGGAGCAGAACAAGAAGAAGAAGAAGAAGAAGAAGAAGGAUGAAGAAGACCUCUGGAUCUCUGCUCAACCCAAGCUUCUCCAGAUGGAGAAGAGACCAUCACUGCCUGUUUAGUUAGGCAGGAAGCAAAGGUGUCUCCUCUCUGGGGCUAAGCCUCCUUCUGACCACACACAGAUAUUUCAGGAACCCAUGAAAUGAUGCAUUUAGGUCCACUUAGGUAACUACUCAACCAAGGAACAAACCUCAGACUAAGUGUCCAUUGGACGGCAAUCCCAGGGGGCAGGUGGACAAUUCUUGGGUACUGCUUGGCAGCUAUGUGUCCAAUAGCAGUGCUCCUUACUGCAGACCCAGGGAUGACUCCUACCUGUCUCUGACAUACCCCAUAUGCAAAAGCACAAAGAACAUUUAUCCAUACAUCUCGAUAUGGUUCCUAAGUGUGUGCACAUGUACAUAACGCACACAGAAAUUCAGGCAACAGGUACAUGGACAAGUAUAUUCUGCUCACUAAAUGGUUAUUGGCUAUGUACUUUGUGCAGGGAAGUACAUUAUCUACAGUCACAAAAAUGUCUCACGGGGAAGCCUAGCCAGAUUCAGACACAUAUAUACAAUUACAUAACCAGCAAGGCUCCCCAUACACCGUCUAUUCCAUAAACCACUCAGGUUAGAGAUGCAUGCUUUCCUAUUUCUAUCUCUACAAAUGAACUUUUACUACAAGUACCCAUAAUUGGACAUUCCAGCAACCUGCUACAGUCCCCACCCCUGCGCAUCUUGAUACAAACACACCAAAUUCCUGUGUCUCUGACCCCUCAACUGUGCCAAGAUGUUUAAAGAGUGAUGGAUCAAAAUUCAUCGAAAGCACUUUUUCUUGUAAUUCCUGACAAGGUCCGUCCUCAUUGCCACUGAGAGGUGUUUAAGGUGGUCCAAGACCUCUCUUUGAAACAUGACCCUCCCCAAACCACUCAGCAAAGUGCCUUUCUCCAAGCAAGAACAAAGAGCACUUGGUAGUGACUGCUAGAAAGCUAUGGAAGCCCACUCAGUUAUGUCAGUGGACUGCAAUUGUGUACCUGUGCAAUGAAUGUUUUACAGAUGGAAAGGGUAAGGAGGUGCUACACCUGAGCUAGGUACCUUCUGUAUGACCAGAGUUGCCAGCAGGGAAAGGACUAGACAAUCAUCAGUACAGUCUCACAGAAGGCCACACUGGAAGUGAUGUCAUAAGGUGGUAAUGGGUGUAUGGUAUGGCACAGGUGGAAUGCAGAGGUAACGAAGCUUCAAUGAAAGUAGGAUGAAACCAUAAAGAGGUUUAUUUAUAUUUAUCUUGAAGCUCAGGCAAGUGCCUUGCACACAGUAGGUUCAUAGAACUGUCUGUGGUUACUGUUGGACAUGUGAUGUUGUUAAGGGUAAGCUUGUAAUACCUCACCAACUCUCCCCAAGUGACCUUCUCUUCUAAGUGAGCCCACUAAUUGCUGCAAUGGAUGAAAUCGGGUGUUUAAGGCUGCAAGAGAGUGCAUGUAGGCAACACGUGUGCCCUGAGGUAUGUGAGGACGUGUCAAUUAGAUCCACAGUGAGCUGAGGAGGGCUUUCCCUGCCAGACCGAGGUUGGGAAGCAGAGUUAAUCCACUUACAGGAUGAACUGGUUGGUAUUUUGACUGUAUUGUGACUAUGGCAAAGAUGGACAGUUCACACCUUGGGAGCAAGUUGUGUUCUAAAAGUUUAUUUGCAAAUAUACUAGGAAGCUCUCUUGAAAUAUUUUCCCAAGGAAGCUACUCUACACAGUGGCAAAAUCACUAAUUAAUAAUAUAGGUAAACUAUGACAUUUAUAGUAGCAAAAAACUAAAUUCUAUAAAAUUACAUUAAAUGAAAUUUGCUGCUGAGUAAAUGAAAGCAAAUACUGUUGGCUCACUUGGGCCAUCUGGUACUCACCUGCCCUCCAGGUGUACUUAGGCCUGUGGAGGGUGGCAUCUAGUGGUGACCCUUGCACCAGGGUUUUCUAACAGAUGACCCUGUGAAUCAUAAUUCAGACCUGCAUAUAUUUUAGAGCCAGUCACAUUUGCCCUCUCACUCUAUAUGGCCAUAAACUGCCUAAGCACUCAGGCCUCCUACUCAUCAACCCCUUUGACCAGAGAAAGAAGCAGUCUGGUUCUCUAUCCCUUUGUCACAGAGAGAGUUUGUCAUGGAGCCUCUGCCUGUGCCCUUCACAUAGCAGAAUCACUGUCAUCUGCCUGCACCAAACCCAGAUAUGUGGGAGAUGUCUCCCCACACCUCCCACUGCCCACCAGGACAAGCUGCCCUUCCUGUCUCCACCUCUCAGUCCCCGUAAUAUGGGUGGCCAGGGAGAUGUGGAGGCUGACAGCUGAGACGUGGUGUCAGAUGUGAUCUAGGAGGGAGGAUCGCCGGGAUCCGGGACCACACAAGUAACAUGGUUUCCAUGGCAACUGCUUGCUCCUUUGAAUUAAGACAGCAGUCAGUUGUCAUUGCCAUGACAAGGCCUCUAUCUCCAGGCACAGUGUCCCUGAUGUCUCCUAAUCCAACGGACUGGCUCUCACUGCAGGCAUAAAACACCCAGAAACUCACUCUCAGUCACUUCCACAGCCGAUGACUCAGAAGAAGCAAACCCAGAAUGGGGCUUCUCUUUUCCCCACCACAACCACCCUGACAACCUUUCCUGGCAUACCUAGAGGAGUGCCAAUGCAGGAUAGGCCCGAAAAUUUUUGUUAAAUAAACAGGUGCAUGAAAGGAGCGAACAAACAAGGCGAUUGUUGGUGUCCACUCUCUCCUUUCCACUUCCUUCUCAUCUUUCCAUGUUUUAUGCUUCUCUGAUUCCCUCUUCUGCCUGUACCAGGCAGCCCCAGCCCUUUAUUCUUCUCCAUUUUCACUCCUUCCAGCCUCUGUCCCUGAACUGCCACUGGCAACCCACGGGACCUCAGGACCAGAGACUGCUAGACUCAUCUGGGGAGGUUAAGUUCAUGGGGGACAAAAAAGGGAUUCAUAAGGAAGAGGCUUCCUAGACCAGCACAGGCUCAAGAAAGGGAUCCCCUAGGCCUGGACUUCUGAGCACCUUCAGCCAGGUUCCAGCCAACAGCCAGAGAAGGCCUUUCCCCAUCACUCAGUGGGUUCCAUGUUUUUAUUUCUUGGGAGAAGCAGAGAGGGAGAAAGGUAGAAAAAGGGCAGUCGCCUUUCCAAGAAGAAUAUAACUGGUCCAAGCUGUAUAGUAUUUGUCAGUAUUUUUUUCUGUAAAGUUCAAGCACACACAAAAGAAAAACUUAUUUAAAUAAAAUACUUUGGAAAUGAAAA